CUAAACUGAGCCUCAACUCUCAGCUCUCUUCUCUGUUCUCUCUCUCAGUCUCACUCUCACACAUCUCACAAUUCACAAUGGUAGAUUCUCCAACCCAGACAACCCCACAAUCCACUAAGCACCAGCCACCCACAAUCACAAAGGCAGAGCCCAAGCCCUUGCUUUCUUCAUCAAUCUUCUUCAACUCAAGAAGAGCCCCCGCCCUUGCUUAUGGAUUCUCAUUUGUCUGCAUUGCCUGCACUCUCUUCUUGGUUUUCAACCCAUCUGGCUACUCUUUCCCUUUCGGCUUCAAGAACAUCUUCCAUGCCUCCUUCUUCUACUCCUCUUCUGCCCAGACCCCAAACACCCCUUUUGAGCUUUCCCGGGAAAACCCAUUUUCCUGGAAAAGUGAAUCUUUACCACAUUUGGAUGAGAGUGGAAGUUUGAAGAGUGAUCGUCAGAUGGGUAAUGCUCAACCACCCAACCCCAUUUUUUUCAUGUCUCAAGACUCCAAUCAGACGUCCAAGAACACUACAAUCCAAGUUUCUGGGGAACUGGAGGGUUCAAAUAGAACAAAUGAAUCUUCCUCGUCCUCGAAUGAAAUUGAAGCUUUCAAGGUUAAUGCGACGGAAGCUAAGCCUGUGGCUGUGAGUUCUCAAUCUUUUUCUGAAGAUCCUAAUGGAAAAGAUGGUUUGGCAAAGAAUGGGGUUUUGGGGCAAGCAGAAGCAGGAAGAUCAAGCUAUGUUGCAUUGACGUCGAAAGAGAGUGAUGUUGGCAAUGAGGCAUUGCCUGACUCUGAGAAGCAAAGCAAACAAACUGGGCCUGGUUUGGAUUUUUGGACGAAUGAUUGUGACAUAUUUGAUGGAAGAUGGGUGAGAGAUGAUUUCUACCCACUUUAUGCUCCGGGGUCUUGUCCUCACAUAGAUGAGUCUUUCAAUUGUUUUCUUAACAAGAGGCCUGAUAAUGGUUACGAGAAGUAUAGAUGGCAACCAAAACAUUGCAAUCUCCCAAGGUUGAAUGGUAGGAACAUGUUGGGAUUAUUGAGAGGAAAGCGUCUAGUUUUUGUAGGUGAUUCUCUCAAUAGGAAUAUGUGGGAGUCUUUAGUUUGUCUCCUCAGGAAUUCAGUGGAUGAUAAGAGCAGAGUUGUUGAAGCCUCUGGUAGGAGCGAAUUUCGUACAGAGGGCUCUCACUCUUUUAUAUUCAAGGAUUAUAAUUGUUCAGUGGAGUUCUUCCGAUCACCAUUUCUAGUUCAAGAAUGGGAGAUGCCAGAUGCAAAUGGAUCGCUAAAGGAGACACUUCGCCUUGAUUUGAUUGAGAGGUCCUCUGAUAAGUACAAAAGUGCAGAUGUUCUCAUCUUCAACACAGGUCACUGGUGGACUCAUGAGAAAACUUCCAGAGGGAAAGGUUACUAUCAAGAGGGUAGCCAUAUCUAUGGUGAAUUGAAUGUUAAAGAGGCAUUUCGGAAAGCUCUAAUGACAUGGGCUAGAUGGGUUGACGUCAAUAUAAAUAUUGAGAAAACUAUUGUUUUCUUCCGGGGCUAUUCGCCUAAUCACUUUAGAGGUGGAAGAUGGAAUUCUGGAGGUCAAUGUCAUGGUGAGACAGAGCCAACUGCAAAAGAAGCAAACAAAGGAAAAUAUAUGUCGAAAAUGAGAAUCUUGGACUCGGUAAUCAUAGAAAUGAAGACGCCAAUUCUCUAUCUGAACAUUACAAGAAUGACUGAUUUUAGGAGGGAUGCUCAUCCAUCCAUUUAUAGAAAGCAGAAUUUCACAGAGGAGGAGAGAAAAUCUCCUUUGAGAUACCAGGAUUGCAGUCACUGGUGCCUUCCUGGUGUUCCCGACACAUGGAACGAGCUUCUGUAUGCUCAACUCAUUAGACAUAACCAGAAGCAACAAAAACAGCAGCAGGGGAGACCCUAGAUAAAUGAUAAAUCAGAUGCCCUGUUUAUAUGGAUCAUGUUAACAAAGAUUUGGAGAAAAUGUUUUCUGUCGUAUUUCUCCAUAGAAAAGUAGGAGAAAAAAAGUUAUAAUUAGGGAAGGUUUGUGCAAGCUGUAAAUGAUUGUCUUUGAACAUGUGGGAAUGAAGUGGAGAUCAACAAUAGGGUAUGGUUUAGUGUACUAGCCACCAGGAUGUAGGAGGGGAUUGUUCUCCAUUAGCCACUCAUGGUUUUUACAUUGUAUAUUUCAUACUUAAUUUCUAAUGACAUGAUAGUUUGUAAACACAAGUCUUUGUAAUUUAAGCUUAUAAUAUCUUUGUGCAA